UAUUGCUCUGCCAGUUUUACCCUAAAUACAACAUGUCUGAAGAGAUUGCAAUCUUGGAUGAGGUUGCAAGCGAGCAUUUCGGAUUCAAGCUCUCCGAGCCAAGUGAGGGAAUCCGUGUGUUUGAUGCUUUACCAUUUGAUAAAGUUCAAUCUCGUGAUGUUGACUUGUUGUCGUUCAACAAUGUAAAGCAUUACUUUGCCUGCUCAGAUAUGAGUUCUCUUAUUGUAGAACUGAUAGAUGUAUUGAAAGGAGGAGAUGAAGGUGAAGUCAAUCCCAAGUCAUGGGCCAGGGUUGACGGUGUCAAUGACAUCACUCAAUUGAAGUUCAACUUUGAUGGCUCAAAAUUAUUCUUUCUUGAUGGAGGGAAACUCUUGAGUAUCAGUAAUUUCAAGAAAUUGGAACCCAAGACUGUAGCCAAUGGCCAGACUAAGAGGUUUUGUCCAUCUCCUACCCUGUCAAAAUUAUUAAUACUUCGGGACAAUGGUGAUUUAUACGUUGAUGGAGUAUUAUGGAAAUCCAAUAUUAUGACCAUGUCUUGGACUUUAGAUGGAGAAUAUGUUAUAUAUGCUGAUAGUAAUGAAGUGAGGAUUGCUAAACCUCUAUCUGAUACUUUUGAUAGCGUUGCAUUGGUUGAUGGAUACUUGGUACUCACAGCAACAGAAGUGUCCCUUAAUGUAAUUCUUUUAGUUUUUGGACCUGAAUCCAAUGACCCAACUGAUCAUGAUUUCAAGACAUUGGUGGUUGUUUUGGAUGAGAAUAAGAAAAGCACCACUACUUAUGAGGCUGACGUGGCACCUCCAUUUGGUGCAGAACGUAUUGGUACCUAUUAUAUUAAAACUCUUAAUAAUUGGGCCAAAGAUCAAACAUUAUCAUUCAUCACUGCUGCUUCAUCUACUGAUAUUAGUACUAUUGAACUACAAAAAGAUGGUGACUCUUUCCAAGAUCCCAAAUCAAUUGUACAAUUAAAUGAUUCAGAUCGUGCUCAAUUUCCACUUAAUGAUGAUGGUGAUGAUAUUUCCCCCGUUGGAUUGGCAUUAGAUUUGACCAAUAGUGACACCAUUGUAUCAGAGCCAUGUAUUGGGAUUGAAUCUGCCCAAGGGUUACCAAAAUUAUGGUGCUUAACACAAGAAGGUACGCUUCUUGGAUGGUGGCUUUACGACUCCGCAAAAUUAUCCAAGGAUGAAGUCAGUUUGGCCGGCCCAUUAGCCAGCUUAAAUGGCGAAAUAUCGAAACCUGAACCAAAGAAAGAAGUCAAAUUUGAAGAGUUUAACGAAAAGCCAACAUAUUCUUCUACAACAACUAAUAAUCCAUUUGGUUCAUCCACUGGUAGUGUAUUUGGAACAGGAGCAUUUGGUUCACAAACCGUUAAGUCUGACAAUCCAUUUGGUACAAGUACUGGAAGUCCAUUUGGAGGCUUUGGAAACAAUAAACCAGACGCACCUGCUUCUGAAGCACAAAACAAACCCACAACUACAACCAACGUUUCCGGCUUUGGAAUUUCUAAUACUGCUACUAAUAAACCUACAACUUCACCAGAGAAGACUGGAGGUUUUGGGUCAAGUGGAUUUGGAUCUAGUGGAUUUGGCUCUAGUGGAUUUGGAUCUAGUGGAUUUGGAUCUACUCCUAAAGUUGACACAAGCUCUUCUCUGAGUGGGUUUGGCAAGAGCGCAUUCGGAUCCAGUGGCUUUGGAUCUAAUCCUGCUGCCAGUUCUACUACCACUCUGAGUGGUUUUGGAAAGAGUGCAUUUGGAUCUAGUGGCUUUGGAUCCAGUUCUGCUGCUGCUACAACUUCAGCUCUGAGUGGGUUUGGCAAGAGCGCAUUUGGAUCUAGUGGCUUUGGAUCUUCUCCCACAACUGAUUCUAGUGCUGCUCCGAGUGGGUUCGGAAAGAGUUCCUUUGGAUCUGGAGCUUUUGGCUCUACCGCUACAGGAAGUCCAUUUGGAUCGCUAGCCGAUAAAAGUAAAUCUUCGGAAGUCUCUCCAUUUGGAGGGUUUGGAUCAACAGAGAGAAAAUCUAGUCCAUUUGCAGGACUUUCUUCCGAGAAUAAGUCUUCAAGUCCAUUUGCGGGACUUUCUUCAGAGAAUAAGUCUUCAAGUCCAUUUGCAGGACUUUCUUCAGAGAAUAAGUCUUCAAGUCCAUUUGCAGAACUUUCUUCUGAUAGGUCUGCUACAAGUAGUCCAUUUGAUGGCCCUUCUUCGGCUGACCUAUCUUCGACCGCAAGCCCUGAACUUUCUUCAACUAAACCAUCUACAUCAAAUCCAUUUGGCUCCUCAACUGCGAACGCAUUUGGAUCUCUUGGGUUGAGUGAUUCUAAUACUCUAGCUAAAGAGGAAUCGCCGAAAGCAACUACAGGUGGUCUUUUCGGCAAAUCUGAAGAGGCUCCUAAGGCAUCUUCAGGUGGUCUUUUCAGCAAAUCCGAAGAGGCUCCUAAGGCAACUUCAGGUGGUCUUUUCGGCAAAUCUGAAGAGGCUCCUAAGGAAUCUACAGGUGGUCUUUUCGGCAAAUCCGAAGAGGCACCUAAGGCAACUUCAGGUGGUCUUUUCGGCAAAUCUGAAGAGGCUCCUAAGGAAUCUACAGGUGGUCUUUUCGGCAAAUCCGAAGAGGCUCCUAAAUCCACAGGUGGUCUUUUCGGCAAAUCCGAAGAGGCUCCUAAGGCAUCUUCAGGUGGUCUUUUCGGCAAAUCCGAAGAGGCUCCUAAGGCAACUUCAGGUGGUCUUUUCGGCAAAUCCGAAGAGGCUCCUAAGGCAACUUCAGGUGGUCUUUUCGGCAAAUCUGAAGAGGCUCCUAAGGAAUCUACAGGUGGUCUUUUCGGCAAAUCCGAAGAGGCACCUAAGGCAACUUCAGGUGGUCUUUUCGGCAAAUCUGAAGAGGCUCCUAAGGAAUCUACAGGUGGACUUUUCGGAAAUUCCGAAGAGGCUCCUAAGGCAUCUACAGGUGGUCUUUUCGGUUCACAGAAGAAAAUUUCAAACAAUGAUACAUCUACUACAAAGAACCUAGACUCUAAAGCUAGUGGCAUUUUUGGUGUCGAUAACUCAAAAUCACCUAAUACUGGAUUAAUUUCUGGUUUCAGUGGCUUCGGAAUAAAUAAUUCCGAAAAGAAACCUGCACCAAUAAAAUCAAGUGCAGAUGAUAAUUCGGAUUCUAAAUCAGCACCUUUUCUCGAAUCUACAGAUGCGGUUAAGGAUACAGACAGCAAAUUAACGGAUGAGAAACAUAGCGAAACCCCCAAAACUGUGGAGGAUCCAGGGACCGUCGCUAAAAUAGAGGUUGAAGAUAAUACUCCAAAACCUGUACGUGAAUGUGAACCAUUUCAAAAUUUUGCCGGAAUUAAACCACUUCCAAAACCUGAGACCAAUAAAGUUCAAAAUAUGACAAACGAAAUAUAUUACAAAACCUCUGGUAUUUUGCAAGUAUUAGAAAAUAAUGUUAAAAUUCUUGGAAAUUAUCUUGAAGAACUUGGUGAUGACAAGAUCUCACUUACUGAAGAAGACUUGGAUAAACCUGAAUUAUGGCGAGUUGCUAGUUCUUUAAACGAACUCCAAGAUAUUACCUACAACUAUGAUUCACAGCAAGAUAUUGCAUUGAGAGCUCAAAAUGAAAUAUAUGAGAAAUUGUCCAAUUUAACUAUAAGAACGGAAGAUAGUUUUAUCCAAAGAACAAAGGUAGAUAAGCUUUUAACUCAAUUGGCAGCAUUUAAGGAUGAAACAAACGUGAAAAAGUUGAAGAAUAGACCAUUGGAAUAUCCAAGUGUUGAAUUACAAACAAGUGUUCGUCAAAAGCUUCAAAGAUAUGAGAAACUUAAAAAAGAACUACUAUUGAAAUUGAUGACACUUAAAACUAAACUUGUACCAGAGAACGUGUUUAUUCAAAAUGCGGAAAAUAUGGUUUUUAAGAUUAAUGAGAGAAUACUUGAUCAUCUUGGAGAAAUUGACCGUUUAGCACAAAAAUUCGGAGCUAUUGAAUUUGAAGAAGAGAAAGAAGAACAGGAUGACGAUGUACAAGAGGUUAAUGGGAACAAGAUAUUACAAAGAUGGCAAUUGGCCGACAGUUUGACCGGGAAACCGAUUGCUAGUCGUAGUGUGAGCUUGAACUGAGGGAAUAAAUAGCAGUAUGUUUUUAGUACUCAAUAAUUUUUUAACAAAAAAUAAAAUAAAAAGGAAAAAUAACCGAGU